GAUGAUUCCUCGCUAAUCCUCUAGACACACGCUUGGUCUGACUGCCUACUGGCUCUGAGAGAAAGAGGGAGACGGAGGCAGGUGAAGGCAAACAGAGAGAGAGAGAGGCUGAGAGGGAAUAAAGAUGAAGGAACGAGAAGAAAGGGAAAGCUGCCUCCCAUAAAGCAUGCUGAGAGACACACAGAGACAGAGGGAGGAAAGUCUCACAGCGAAGCGGAGGAGCACCAUGCUUCAUUCCUCCUGAGCUACGCCAGGAGAGCAGGAAGGAGCAACAGGGGGGAGGAACAGAAGGAGUCUCUGGAAAAUAUCAGGGAGAAACAACAGAGAAGACUGAGGAGGAGGGAAGAAGGGUGAAAAGAAGGAAUAAAGAGGAUGGAGGAGAGAAGCACGAGCAGAGAAACAGCCCUGGCUCCUCCGGCUCAAUUGAGCGUGUGGACCUGAGCCUGGACAGAGUUACUACGAGAUGCUGUCAGAGAAUGAGUGUGGAAAGGAGGAGUGUUAGUGUGCAGCUGAUGGAUGUGUGUUUGCACAAACUCUGGCUGCUUCCUAAAAGUCACCAGGAGUAGAUGAGAGCCUGGUCUCUUUUAGACCAGGUGUGUGAGAGAACAUAUGGCAGAGCAGCUGUUCAGGAGGUAAACGCAGACCAGAGGAGGGAGGCGAGGGAAGACACACUCCCAGGAGGAAGUGCAUUACGACGUGUGUGUAGGAAGCAACACAAUCCAAUCACUUAAGGGUUGCAGAAAGGAGCGUGAAGCUGUGGAGACCAGCGUGAUGUCACUGAGCAUCUUCAGAGUCUGAGAUCCUCCUGAAGCAACUACCUCAUCGCAAUACAACAAGUGGACUUUAAGACUUGGAGUGCAGCACUUUAACACCCGUUCACCUGCUGACUGAGGGGUCCUGCUUGAGUUCCUGUACCCAGUGGAUGCCUCCCAGCUCCAGCCAUGGGAGAAUGGACCAUCCUGGAGCGCCUCCUGGAGGCUGCUGUGCAGCAGCACUCCACUAUGAUAGGAAGGAUCUUGCUGACAGUUGUGGUGAUCUUCCGUAUUCUGAUCGUGGCCAUCGUUGGGGAGACGGUGUAUGAGGACGAACAGACCAUGUUCAUAUGUAACACUCUACAGCCGGGCUGCAACCAGGCCUGCUAUGACAAAGCCUUCCCAAUCUCCCACAUCCGCUACUGGGUCUUCCAGAUCAUACUGGUGUGCACACCUAGCCUCUGCUUUAUUACCUACUCCGUCCAUCAGUCUGCCAAACAGAGAGACAGGCGUUACUCUUUUCUCUAUCCCAUUAUGGAAAAGGACUAUGGAGGGCGAGACGGGACGCGUAAGAUCCGCAACAUAAAUGGAAUCCUAGUUCAGCACGGUGGCGACGGUGGGGGAGGUAAGGAAGAACCGGACUGUUUGGAAGUGAAGGAGAUCCCCAAUGCCCCUCGGGGCCUCACUCACGGGAAGAGCUCCAAGGUCCGCCGACAAGAAGGGAUCUCCCGCUUUUAUAUCAUUCAGGUGGUUUUCCGAAACGCACUGGAAAUCGGCUUCUUGGCGGGCCAGUAUUUUCUUUACGGCUUCAGCGUGCCUGGGAUUUUCGAGUGUGAUCGCUACCCAUGCCUCAAAGAAGUGGAGUGCUACGUCUCCCGGCCCACGGAAAAAACUGUUUUCUUGGUGUUCAUGUUCGCUGUGAGCGGCAUCUGCGUUGUGCUCAAUCUGGCCGAGCUCAACCACCUGGGCUGGCGCAAGAUCAAGGCUGCCAUCAGGGGCGUCCAGGCCCGCAGGAAGUCUAUCUGUGAGAUCAGGAAAAAGGACAUGGCACAUCUGUCCCAGCCGCCCAACCUGGGGCGCACUCAGUCCAGUGAAUCAGCCUACGUUUGAUGAUGAUGAUGAUGAUGAUGAUCAAUAGCAAAAACAAUGAGGAGUGAGAUGAAUGUGCAAGAAAGAGUUUAAAUAAUUAAUUUUUUUCACGAGGGGUUGGGGUCGAAAGAGACGACCUCUACUCUGUGAUGAUAAUAAAACAGAAUGUAAAAAAGACCAAAAGUCUGAGUCUGCAGCUUUGAGCAAGAAUGGAAGGUAGAGAAAAAAAAACAUGAUAAAGCAUUCCAGACCAAAAGUUUGGCUCUGCAAAAUGAACAUAAUUAACACAGCGAUCUCAUGGGAAGAUUUUCCUGCCAUUUUAUAGGAUUCUUUGUAACUAAUUACCUUCUCUGUCCUUUGUAAUGAGGAAAAAAAAUAACCCUCAUGGGGCUAGAGCGGGAACCGAAGAAUAGAGGAAGAGAGAAUGAAAAAGAGGGUCUUUUGUAUUCCCUGGGGAUAUUGGAAGAUGACGGAAGUGUUUGAUGCAUCCAGCGGUGUUUUAUAUCUGGACAUUAUCAACUUCAGUACAAAAAAGGGGGGUGGGGGGUGGAAGGGACAGGACAGGGGGAUGGGACAGAGAGAAUGAACAGCAACAUCAUUAAAGAGGAACGGAAGAACUGUCAGGAUAAAGGUAUGUUCGGGUGCGAGAGGACAGAAGAAGGGAAGCACCCAGCUCUGAGAGAACAUAUAAAACAAGGAAUCUAAGAGAUGAAACUUUUUUUUCCAACCUCUCCUUAUCAGUGAUUAAAAAAAAAAGAGCUGCCUCUGAACAUUGUGUCUUGCCUUCGCCAGAACGUCGACACGAGCCAAACCAGGAGAAAAAGACUGACGGUGUUUACGCUUGGUCUCUUAGCAAAGAUGAUUUCAACACAAACACGACAAGUAGCUACCAUAAACACUCUUUUUUUCCCCCUAAACUCUCCUCCAUCUUCCUUACUCUCAGCCUCACAGCUGGCAGCUGUAUAGAGAUGAAGCAGGGGAGAGGAGGGUCUGAAGUGACACAAAUGACACCCACUGCUCUCCUCCUGCGUAAACUUCAGAGAGGACCUAAUGAAGAACUGGAUGGUCAGUCUCUCCUAAAGCACAAAUCAAACUGUCCUCCUUCCAGGACUGUGGCACCUGAAGGGACAAAAGAGAAACUUAUCACUUAUUACAAGUUGAGUUUUUUACAGCACCAUGAUUUUUUUUUUGUUUUUUUGUUUUUUCUUUGGGUGGGUGAUGCAGGGGUGUGUGGGUGGAGAGCGACCAGAUAUAGUUGAGCAGUUUCAUGAAGCACAUCGUGGUAAUAUUAUUUCUUCGUCUAGAGUUUAACCAAAUAGAUUUAUUUAUCUUUGAGAGGGGAUUGGUUGGGAAAUGAUGUUCUGAACAGAUUUUAUUUUUUUGUUUUGGUGAGAAGUAUUUCUCACAGAUGGGACAGAUUAAUUAAAUGUAUGGCUGAUGGUAGCGGAUGCUGUGAGGAUGUGUAGCUGAUUUAUUUAUUUUUAUUUGGGAAGUGAAUUAGCUGCAACAUCUGUCCAGUUGCAGUCCUGCACAGAGCCUUGACUUCUCUCCACGAUCAGCUGCACACCUUCAGGUACUUUUUUUGGCCUGUGAGCCAUUUGAUAAAGGCAUGUUUACACGACGCAACGUUUCUUGAAUGAUGAAGCUGUGUGAGGGAGGAGCAUUUCCUCUCUAGGGACAGAGGAGUUUUAUUUAUUUUUAUUAUUAUUAUGAUUAUGGAUUUCAUUUUUGCAUUUCAUUCUUGACUGGAUUUCAGCUUGCAUGCAGUGUAAAAGAAAAAAAUGGGAAUGACAAGAAAGAAAUAGAAAAAAAGAUAAAGAUAACAGUGUGGCACACCUUGAUUGCAGCAGAUGGGAGGAUGAGUGGCAGACUGCAGGAACUCCUAUUGGGACAAAAAUUGUGCUUUCAGACCCUCACAGAGAUGCACAAAUGAAUAAUUUAAAACAUGGAGCAAACACAUGAUGAGCCGGAGAAACCAGAUAUAGCAACAGUUCAAAAGACCCCACGUGGUGUUCAUUAGAACUGAACACACGUAGAGACUCUUUCAACCAAGACAGAGUCUUGUCACUUUAAGUGGAGGACAACCAAAUACAGGAAAAGGAUCAAGUCCUCUCUUAGUGAUGCUUGGUCAGGAUCAUUCUUUGUCUCAUUUAAAAUCUUUCAAGAGGAAUACCUUUUUGAAAAAUUUCACGAACAUUUAGGAGACAGAAAGGAGGAUCUCAGUACUGAACUUUUGUCAUGGUUUUUAAUUGACUUUCCACUGGCUGUUGAGUUGACUUUACAGCACUAAAAACUUGAUUAGAUUUGAACAAGCAUAAAGGUUUGGGUUUAAAUACCCCUAAAAUGGGUUAAUCUGGUCAUUAUGAAGUUAGGGUUCUGUGGAAUCAUUAUGAAUAUAUUCUUACCUGUUGUAGACAGCUGUUUGAAUGACCCAAGUCUGUAGAAAUAGUUUCCAUCCAACAGGCUGGAUGAGCCAGCAGCUUAUUCAUAUGCAGCCAAAACCAAAUGGGUUUUUGACAUUUUUGUUACAUGGUAACAAAUGAUCCAUGGUUGUUCCUAGGGAACUCUGUGGUGGUAAUCGAGCACAAAUGGCAGCAGCAGCAAGCUGUAGCCCUUCUGGUGUCAGCUGAGAUCAAUCCUGUAAGAAAUAUUUUUCUGAUCAAGCUAAAGAAUUUCUGGUAAAGUUUCAAAUAAUAGCACUAAGAAAUUUUGCAGAUUUAAAUUAUUUCAAGAUGACAACAUUUUAUUAGCUAGUCUAGGGUUCAAACAGAACCUUUUCCAAAGUGUCUUACAAGUUUGAGUCAGGUAAUCUGGAUAAGUUCUUCUUUGUUGAAACGUUUUGUCUUUUAUCCAAGAGACCUCUUCAGCCUGAAAAGUUGUAAGCAGAAUCUUUGUAUUGUGGAUCAAUCAGUUUGCCAUGACACACAAAACUGGUUGUUCAUAUGCAAAAGAAGACCAUCGGCCUAACAUCUGAUUGUUGGUGCCCUGGUGGCUCUUUGAUGUUCACAGAGGACCAUCAGCCUAGGGUCACUUCUGCAAAGUGAUACAACUAUAUCCUAUCAGAAGUCACCAUUUUGGGUGUUUCCUUUACAAAGAAAGAAACUCCACAAACAGUGUACUGUCUGGCCUGCAUUAGAGACACAACUCAUGGAAAAUGAGUUUAUAUUUGAGCCAAAACUAAGCCAUACAGCUUCAGUUGAUUGUAUUUACUAAAGCUAAUAUCAGCUGUCAGAAUGCCCCAUCAGUUCAUUCUGGAUUCAAUCCUGCUGUCAUAAUCUCUUGGAUUCCUUCAGGUGAUGUUCCCCAGGUUUAGUUUCCUCUGAGGAUCUUCAGUGGGAGGAGUCCAGUUCUUUGAGUGCACUAAAAAUAACCUGCAAUAUCUUUGACAAUGAACUGUCAGAAUGUCUAAUAAAAGAGGUAGGGUUACCCUUUACUUACUCUGCUUUAAGUGAAAGCUUAAAUGUGAUCCUGAACUUAAAAGGCAACCCAGAGUCCUGUGCUAUAUGCAGCUUCAUAGUACGACGCCGAUCUAAUCUCCCCAGAGUACAGGUCAGAGCUGGUUUCAGUACUAUUUUUACUGAAUGGCACACAUACACAAGCUCAACCCAUACUCAACCUGAAUUAGAAAAAAAAAUCUGAAUGUAGGAGCAGGCAGUUUGAGUUCAACCUGUGCUCCUGGAUUCUGUGGUUGUGUCUGGUUUCAUUCAGGUCUGAAACACAAACACACCCAUAGUGUGAGGAGACAGAGUGCCGUAAACAUGUCCUGUUCUGCUUCGGUUUGUCCAACAAUCAUUAGUGGCUCGAGUCUCCUGUGGUUACGCUCAGCCUUCUGAGUCCUGCAUUUUCACAGUAAAAGCAUAAAGCCCACAGUUCUUCCAACAGUCCACUACUCUCCACAAUCUGCUUUUCUAUCUGUCAAUGUGAACUGAAUUAUGCAACAUUUAUUUUCUCCCUCAUUUUGCUUCUCUGUUUGACUUGUGGGUUCAUUUUGUUGUCUGUUGCUCUUUUUGUGCUGUGGCAUAUCAACAAAAAAAGGAAGAUUUUUUUAUAUAUGUAAAGGAACAAAAUGUUUUUCAAUGUGUAAAAUCAAGGGUAGUGUUGAAGUAUAAAGCUAGCAGAAAAAUAUGUUUCCUCCCUUGCCAAAGUUAUAUGCAAAGUUUAGUUUAUUUACAAAGAUUUGUUUUAACUGCAUGUGUAAAGCCUAUUAUAAGCAUGUUUCUAUGUUUUCUUCAACAGAACCUUUAAAGAGGGACUUUUAUAUAGUCCAAACUAUGGAGUGAAGCUAUUACGUCUUGAUGCCAAGUGUGUGUUUUAAUCAUGUAAUGCUUCAGAUGGUACAGAGCAGACAGACAACACCAAAUCAGUCAUAAACAAAACUACCUAUAGCAUUUUAUCUGUUUCAGUUCCCAAAUUAAACUUUGAUAACAAAAAAACCUUCUACUGUAAGAAAUUUGCACAGAAUUAUAUAACUUUAAAUAGAGUUGCAUAAGAUGUUUUUAUUAAAAAACCUUAAAUUAUCUGCUGUAAACUACAGGGUACAGAGUAGUAGCGUCUUAUAAGUAAAAUACUGCCACCAUUAGAUGUUAGAAGCCACAACAUUCCAGGUUUAAGCUUCUUGCACAUUAACCAACAAUUUACAAUAUUUUAGUAGGAUAAAAAUCUUUAGCUUAGGCCUCUUUUCUACUGGAUGAUGUCCUACACGCACGCUGACCCAUUAGAACAUGGAUGAAUAGUGCUCUCCACUCAUGACAACAUACUAUUUACAUACAGUAGAUAAUACACUGCUCUCUCACAUUGUAACAUUCAACGUUCAGUGGUAUUAUCGUAACAUAAAAAAGGAGGUUAAAGGUCUUCUGCAACAUGAAAAGUGAGUGAAAUAGUUAGAGAGGUUGGUGUGGUUACUGGUGUUUUCUCACUUGUGGUAACUGGUGAAUGUGAGUGUGUGUGUAUUUUUUUUACCACUCGAGCCAACGCUUCUGCAUCAUUUAAAGAAACUUACUGUAAGUUGGUGAUGUUUGAAAUUUGUGUAAGCAGUAAUAUUCGCUGUGUCCAAAUUUAGGGGCUGUGUCCUUCCAAAGAUCCAGCCUACCUGGUCCAGGUAGGUCGGAUCCUUAGUCGACUGCGAAGACUUGAAAAUGGUUGGUGUGAAAUGCAUCUUUGGAUAGGAUGGGAUGGGCUGAGAAGGAUCCAACAGACCUAUCCCUCAAAUCAGGAAAAAAGAAAAUGAAUACGUAUGUCUGUUGCAAUUGGAGAGGUCUUCAAAUUUGGACAGCCUUCAGGGCAGCGCAGUGACAUAAGUGGCUGACAAAUUUGGUCCUUGAAGGAUGUAGCCCCUGAAUUUGGACACAGUCACACAGUAUGUGUGACUGACUGCAGUAGAAUGCUGUCUGAGGCUAGCAUGGAUGCUUUGAAGGUAAACCUAGCAGUACAGUCAAAACAUUGUACGGUUCACUGUACCCGUUUAAGGACAGAAACUGCAGGGAUAGGAUCAGGGGUGGUCCUGUGUUGGUCUUUUAUCUCCGAUGAAAUUUUUGAAGCAGACCUAAGUUCAUGGUUGCACUUCUUUCCUGUCAAAUUCAGCACAUCCUAUCACUCAAAUCCAGCUAUUGGCUUGCAUCUUAGCUUGGGAAAAGUAACAAAAACUCCUUUCAUGUGGGGAUGAUUGCUGUAGCCUGUGGUCUUCCCAGUGGAAUUUGAUGUUCCUGAAUGUCUUUAAGCUUAAAUGUAGCUAAAGCGCACCUGGCUGCUACCAGUGUUUGUUUGCAGAAGGGUGUUGUGUGACCAUAGUCAUGUAACUAGUGCUCUAAUAGCCUGAGUGGAGAGCGCUAUUGCAACAUUUGGAAAUGCUCCUUCAGCGUAACUGCAAUCAUAAUGCUGUUAGUUUCUGCGACUUUGUCACAAUUGUUGCUUAUAACUAUUAAGGUGUGUUGGUCCUGCUUCAAAUACCCAAUGAGCAAGUCACUCAGGUGGGCACCUACCCCGUGUCAUAGAUACUACACUCCUACUAGAACCCUGGUACUCUGCCAACACAAUGAUAAACCAACCAAGACCAGAAGUUUUGUUUGGGCUGAAAGCCGUUAUGAACCUACUGCAUGUUUCAGGGAGCCCACAAUAUGUUAAAUACUCUCCAUAACUGCAAAGACCAUCCAUGUUCUGACUGAGUUCUUUUUUAUAUAGCGUGUGGGGCAUCAUCAUCCAGUGUUAGGGAACAUUACUGGAGCACAGUUCAUAUGCGGCCCGACUCAGGAAAGAAAACAAUGCUGAUGUUAAACGCCGGGUUUUACUUGUAAAAAUACUUAUUUCUUUUUCAACACUUUUAUAGAACAGCACACUUUUCACCUGUUACCAAACCUUGCACUGUUACGUCCAUUCAAGAAAACCGUGCUUGAAUGGUGCAUUUUUAGAGGUUGAACUCUUUACCAAAAUCAUCCAUUUAGAAACAUUCCUAUUGAUCCAGCAAACUACUGCCCACAAACUACCACAGCUCAUGUAGCAAUGCAAGUUUUCUCAAAAAAAAUCUCUUUUUUACUCUUGACUGUUACUAACCAGUGAGCAUAUAGCAGGUAAUGUAAUUUUCAUCAAACUCUCCAGUAACUCUCUUCUACAGAACAGUAGCAAACAAUUUGAUUCCUCAGGAAAAACAGCAUGCAAAGAGCUGUCUCAUUCAUUAUUAGAAAUCUUACUGCUCCUACAAUGUUACCCUUUAAUCUGCUGCCAGAAGGACCUUAGAUUAAUGUAGUAAUCCCAUUAUGUAGCCAGUCCUAAGGGCUUGCUGGUGGCCCCUCAGCAACUUCUUAAAAAUGCCCAUCAGUUCAAGGGCUUCUUUCUCAUAAUAAACUAAAACAAAGCCAUAGCCUAAAAAGAAAAAAAAAAACAAUCAAACUUGGCACAUUAUUUUGAAAGAGCACAAUGUGCACUCAUGAGCCAAGAUUAAUCACAAUCAUAUGUAGUCAGUCAGGCACUGAAACACUUUGGAUUUAAAUUGAGAAUUAGACAUCGUGUUUGAAAUGAAAUGCUUUUUAAAGUGCUUAAUAUUUGAGAUGAGUAACAAAGCUGCUUUUUUCCCCAUCAAAUGUUGAGAGUCAUAUUUCCUUUUAUUGUAAAAUCUAAUGCUCCCUCCUCUCCUCUCCAGCCCUGUCUCAUACUGGUGCUAGUGGGCUAAAUCAGAAGCAUCUCAGCAUUCAGGAUCCACAGCCUCAGGCCUCCCUCUAAUCUGCCAUGAUAUCAGCUGCGAUGACUUCUCUCAUUAUGGCAGAUCCUGCCAGGGAACAGUUACCACCAACAACCAUAUCUGAGCAAAUCACCACCACUUCUCUCUCAGUCAAUUCAUUAUGAUUUAAUCUAUCAGCUUAUUGGGUUUAAAUUUGAACAGAUCCAAUCUUACCUUUUCAGCAAACUUCUAACGUCUGAGAGUUAAAACCUGAAUGGUGUUAUGUCAGGGGAGAGGGGAGCAAAGCGAAAUGUGGCCAAUAGUUGGCAUUCUGGUGAUGAAAAUCGUAAGAACAAGAAAAAAAAAAGAUUUUAGCCCUAGGACAUUGUCAUUCUCCAGUGGAUGGUUUACUUUUUUUCUGUAACAUCUGUUCAGAUGUAAAAAAAAACAUGGACAGAAACAAUGUACUUCACAUUCAAACACACUGAUGCUUUAAAAAAUGCCAUUCACAACUGCAGAUUAGAUGUUAUAUGCGACGAGCCUUUGCUGAAGGUUCAGUGUAUAUUUCUGACUGGUGUACUGUAAAGACAGAAUAAAACCUUGAAUGUUACAUGAAGCCUGAA